CUGUUGGUGUAUCUCUGACCUCACCUCUGUCCAUGGAACCAGGGACUGAGCAACCAGGUGACACAGAACAAGUAGAACAACUAGCUACACCAGCUGAUCAACCAAGUCAACUAGAUACAUCAGCCGAUCAACCCAGUCAACUAGAUACACCAGCCGAUCAACCCAGUCAACUAGAUACACCAGCCAAUCAACCCAGUCAACUAGAUACACCAGCCGAUCAACCCAGUCAACUAGAUACACCAGCCGAUCAACGCAGUCAACUAGCUACACCAGCUGAAACCGAUCAAACAGAACAACCAAGUGGACCAAGUGAACCAGCUCAAGUAGCACAACCAGCUAUACCAGAUGACACAGCUCAGCUAGAACAACCAACUGAAACAGACCAACCAAGUCAACCAGGCGACGCACCGCAAGCACAACAACCAAGACAACCAGCUAAACCGGAUGAAAAAACUCAACCAAAUCAAACAGUAAAACCAGGUGAAGCAGCUGUCCGCCGUCAACCAGAUCGUCCCCCAACAGCUGGUUGGAAACGACUCGUCAAAGAUGAAACAUCUCAAACGUAUUCAACAAUGCCAAAGAAAACCACCGCACUCAGUGUCACCAGCCGAAAGAUUCAAGAGCUAGCGAGCGAGCCAUGCAUUCUUGACAAAGAACACAGAAACGCGAUCAUCUUCAGAAAUAAUGAACUGAGUGAGCCCAAGAAACUGCACAAAGGCUUUGAACUCGACAAGCCAUCGCCGAUAUGGCCUGUGAAGAACUUAACCACAAAGUCUUUGGCCACUGAAAGGGUUAAUGAACUUGCCAAGCCCAAAUAUGUCAGUGAGAAAUGGGAGCCCGAUCGAUCGUUUAUUGAUCUGGUAAUGGACGCAGUUUUCAUUUACUCUGUCGCAGCACACGAUGGUAUUACCAGCUAUGCCAUUCCAAGAUUCAUGUACCUCAGUGAACCCAAGGCUUAUCACAAGGACUAUGAGCCCAACAGACCAUCACCCAUUUGGCCUGUGCCAGAAUCGGCCAUGAAAGUUGUCACCACGCAAAAAACCCGUGAGCUGGCUCAGCCAAGGGUCGUCAAUAAAGACUGGAAACAGGACCGCUCGCCUUACAGUGAGGCCUCUGUGGGCCCGAAUGUCCCACCGUCUUUUCGAUUACAGAAGUUGGCUGAGCCUAAAACCUAUAGUUCGACGUCUGAACGACCAGCCUAUAUGUUUGACAACCAGUAUGUCACCCAAGUAUCACCAGCAGCCAAAUAUGUGACAGCCACACCAAGACUAGUAGAAUUAUCAAAACCAAAAGGGACACACAAAGACUUUGUCCAGAAUAAGCCAAUGGAGCAGCCCGUGUCCCCCUACGCACUGACAUACGAAGCGGGGGAGAGGACGAAGGCCCUGGCUGUACCCCGGAAAUACGUCGCCCUGGCCAAGGAAAACGACAUCUUCCAAAUAUCAGAAGCUGCCAAACACGCCGUGGCAUCACAGAGGACACUGGAACUCGCUGCCCCGCUCCCUAGGAAAGUCACACCCAAGAAGAUCACAUAAACUCAGCCUUGACACAAAACCACACGGCUACAGUCUU